GGCUUCACUCCGAUACAAUCCUUUUUUCAGAAAAAGAAGAUAAGAAGAAAGAUAAUCAAGAAGGGUGAAGACUGAGGAGCAUCAAUGGCAGCAUCGGCAACAGCUGGAGUGUUUUUCGCCAACACCCGAAGUCUAUGCUUUCGCAAAGCGGAGUCUUCCAAGAGAUUGCUGCAGCCUUUUAGGGCCGAAGCAGUUUCGGAUAUCGGGUUCGUUACCAGUCAGCUGGGUGGCAUCAAAAUCUCCUACGACAUGUCGUCUCAGCUGCCCAAGUCCAUCUCCACCUCUUCCCCACCUACCCUUCAGCCCAUUGUUGCCCGUAGAAUUUGUCCUUUCACUGGGAAGAAAUCAAAUAGGGCAAACAAGAUUUCCUUCUCGGCUCACAAGACCAAAAAGUUGCAGUUUGUGAACCUACAAUACAAGAGGGUUUGGUGGGAAGCUGGGAAGCGCUUUCUGAAACUGCGUUUGUCAACUAAAGCAUUGAAGACCAUAGAGAAAAACGGAAUUGAUGCUGUUGCCAAGAAGGCUGGGAUAGAUCUUCGCAAGCUAUGAUACUCUGGGUUGUGUUAUUUUACCCCAAUAUCUUGUUCAAUAUUCAGUUUUAGUUUUCCUUACUGCAGUCUACAAGUCCUUGUUGCUCUCUUUGUAUGUUUUGUAGAUUGAGUCUAUGACUUUUAUUGCUUAAAGCACAAGGAAUGUUUUUCUACUGGCAAUGCCCUCUUACAUUUGUGCCUUGCUUUCAAUGAUAAACCAGGGCCUGAGAUAUGGAAAUUAUAAGAGAGAACCAAAGUUCUGCAAA